CGCCCCCGCCGCGCGGGGAUCUCUCUUAUCACCCCUCCUCGGAACCUUUCCAUUACAAUUUACAACCCCUCCUCUCAUCGGACAAAUUGCACUACCAGUCCCUAUACUUAUACCAUGUUUCAUAUCGGUCUCUGAAAAGUUUUUAAACUCAUUAUCUUAGGGGCAGAAAAAAGGAAAUAAAACUUAAAAAAGUAUUUGAGGACCAAAGUGAAUCGUUGGAAAAGGUUGGGGACUGGAUUUGCAAUUUAGUCGUACUCCGGUCCUUUAUACUAGCGUGCUAGUGUUGUUCGAACGAUGAACUAGAUCGUAGUUGCAAAAAGCUUACCGCGUGGCCAUUAAUGGCGGGGUUUGGGAGGAGCUCGCGAGGGGGGAAGCGCUCGUUCCCUUCGUCCUCUUCUUCUUCUUCGUCGUCGUCGUCGUACUACGUCGCCACCGUCGUCUUCGUCGCGCUGUGUAUCGCGGGGGUGUGGAUGCUCACCUCGUCCUCGAUUACUCCCUCCCAAGCCCUAACUCGCCACUCUCGCUCGUCCUUCUCCUCCUCUUCGACUCCGUCUCGGGGUCUGAGGAAGGAGACGACCCCAGCGAUGGAGGAGGAGGAGGAGGAGGACGAUGACAAGGAAGGGGCGAAAUCGGAGAAGCUUGAGACCGCGGCGGCGAGCGGCGACGAGGGCGAGAAGGAUCGGAAAGCGGGGGAGAAAUCGGGCGCCGCCUCCGCCAUUGCCGCGGCCUCCGGAGGUGGGGAGGAAGGGGGCAAGGGUUCGGAAGGGGGCGAGGGUUCGACGGAGGCGGGGGAGGCGGGAAGCAAUGGGGAGAGGAAUCAAGAGGAGCGGAGAGAGGAGGCGGGUGAGAGCGAGAAGGAGCGGGAAAGCAAGGUGGAGGAGGGGAAUUUGGAUGGGGGAGUGGAGGAGGAGAGCCAGCGGCGGCGGGAGGAGGAGGAGGAGGAGCAGCGGCGGCACGAGGAGAUGCAGCGGGAGCACGACGAGCAGCUCCCGACGAACGCCGGCGAGGAAGCGCACCAAGAAUUGCAGCAGGAGGAGACGCAGGAGAAUUCGGCGGGGUCGGAAGAGAAGAUCGAGCAGGUGGUCAAUUCGGACCGACGAGAGAUCGAGGAGGAGUCGGAGAAGUCGAAUGCGGAGGGAGAUGAUAAUGAGGGCCAGGUUCAAUCUGAAGAGAUGACAGAGGAGGUAGGCGGCAAGAACCGUAACGGCGGUGACGAGGAAGGCCAGCAGCAGAGUGAGGCGGAGAGGCUCCCUGAUUCGAAUGGAGGCGAUUUGGAGGUGCGGAACGAGCGCGAAAGGGAUGGCGAGAAUAGGCCGUGGGCGACUCAGGCUGACCAGUCGGAGAACGAGAAGGAGCGGAGGAAAGAGGAGGAGCUGCAAUCGGACGGCGGAGACGGUUCAGUGGAGAAUGCGGGGGGUUCGUUUGAUCUCGAGUGGAAGAUGUGUAAUGUCUCUGCUGGUGCUGAUUAUAUCCCUUGCCUCGAUAACAAGAAGGCCCUUAAGAAGAUCCACAGCUACAGGCACUACGAGCACCGCGAGCGGCACUGCCCUGAGGAGAGCCCGACAUGCCUCGUGCCGCUUCCAAAGGGUUAUCGGAGGUCUAUUGAGUGGCCACAGAGCAGAGACAGGAUUUGGUACAAUAAUGUACCUUAUACAAAGCUCGCGGAGGUGAAGGGGCACCAAAAUUGGGUAAAAGUUACAGGAGAGUACCUUUCUUUCCCAGGAGGGGGGACGCAAUUCAUUCAUGGGGCUCUGCAUUACAUUGAUUUUCUUCAGCAGUCUGUUCAUGGUCUUGCCUGGGGAAAGCACACUAGGGUGAUACUAGAUGUAGGCUGUGGGGUUGCCAGCUUUGGCGGUUAUCUCUUCGAGAGAGAUGUUCUUGCAAUGUCCUUCGCUCCAAAAGAUGAACAUGAAGCUCAAGUUCAAUUUGCAUUAGAGCGGGGAAUCCCAGCAAUAUCUGCCGUGAUGGGUUCUCAACGCCUUCCAUUUCCCAGCAAGGUUUUCGAUCUGGUGCAUUGUGCACGCUGCCGUGUCCCGUGGCAUUCAGAUGGUGGCACUCUUCUUUUGGAAAUAAACCGUGUUUUACGCCCAGGAGGGUUUUUCAUUUGGUCAGAAACGCCUGUGUAUCAGAAACUUGAGGAAGAUGUUCAAAUCUGGAAGGUCAUGAUGUCUAUUACCAGCUCCAUGUGUUGGAAUCUUGUCACCAUUAGAAAGGACAGAUUGAAUGGUAUUGCUGAUGCCUUCUACCGUAAACCUACUACUAAUGACUGCUACAAGACCAGAAAGCAUCAGAACCCUCCGAUGUGUGAUGAAGAUGAUGAUCCAAAUGCAGCUUGGUACAUCCCUUUGAAGACUUGCUUGCACCGAGUGCCAGUUGAUGCACCUGAGCGGGGCUCAAGGUGGCCCGAGGAAUGGCCAAGAAGGCUGCGAGUCCCACCCUUCUGGCUAAACAGCUCUCAGAUUGGAAUCUAUGGAAAACCUGCUCCUGAUGAUUUCACGGCAGAUCAUGAACACUGGAAACAAGUAGUAACUAAGUCCUACCUCAGUGGCUUUGGCAUUAACUGGUCAAAAGUGAGAAAUGUUAUGGACAUGAGAGCUAUCUAUGGCGGGUUUGCUGCUGCACUUAAGGAUCUUAAAGUUUGGGUCAUGAAUGUGGUGAACAUCGAUGCUCCAGAUACACUACCAAUCAUCUAUGAGAGGGGCCUCUUUGGUAUUUAUCAUGACUGGUGCGAAUCUUUUAGCACCUAUCCUAGGACUUAUGACCUCUUGCAUGCUGAUCACCUGUUCUCAAACAUAAAAAAGAGAUGUGCGAUUGUGCCUAUUGUGGUGGAGGUCGAUAGGAUUGUGAGGCCGGGUGGCAAAAUUAUUAUCCGCGAUGAGUCCGCUACUGUGAGCGAGGUGGCGGAUAUCUUGAAGUCGCUUCACUGGGAAGUACAAUUGACCUUCUCCAAAGAUCAAGAAGGUAUAAUUUGUGCGGAGAAGGGGGAUUGGCGGCCUGAGCAGUUUGCAGAGAGGUCGUGAUCAAAGGUUACAUGUUUAUGAUUUUUUUAUUUAACCAGUCUUUUGCAGCAUUUAUUGCUAGUUUUCACAAAUAAUUGAUUUUUUUUUAAUUCUUGAAUUUAUUUCUUGAAAACUUGUAGACCAUAGUUUCUAUACUUAGAAAUCAAUUGUUUGCACUCAAAUAUUAAUCCUAAUUUAAUGUCGAUUCUUUAGCAUGACAGAAUCUUCUAAAUCUAA